AUGCCCCGCUCCUUGCGGGGCUCACGGGCCCUGGCGCGAGCAGCCAAAGUUGCUGCACAAGCGCAGGGGUUGCACAGCCCGACCCGGGUCGCGCCACCCAAGCGUGGGGCGUGCCGAUGUUUUGCGGCCUUGGGCUCCAGUGGAGCUCGUUCGAGUCACGUGGGGAUGUUCCUUCACGCGGUCCGGGAGAACAAAGAGAAGUUUAGCUUGGCAGCAAAACUGCAGCGAAGCCCCUCCAGUGCACGACAUCUGCGCUUCUUCCGCCCAGCUCAGCUGUUGAAGGCAGUGGAUUUGGCCAUUGAGACCUCCACGUCCCUGGCACCGUUCACACCGCUGCUGGCGCAGAAGCGUUACGCGCGGUAUCUGUGUGAACACCCAGCAGAUUUGGUGAAGACCAUCGAGAGCAUUUUGGGAGCCGUGAAGAUCCAGGGGGACGACCGCUACAGCUUCUUCCAGCAAAUCGCAAGGCUCUUGGUGGAGGAAACGCCCUUCUUUGGGGACCAGGAGCUCCAGAUCUUCUGUGCCUUGGCCAAGGCUGGGCGAGGCAGCUUCCGGAAGCUCCGCGAGGAUGAGGCCCAGGAAUUGGUCAUUGAGAUCUUUGAGCGCCGGUCCAGCAGCACGUGGGCGCCCGACCAGGCGGCGGAAUUCUUCGUGGCCGCCACCCGCGUGGGCGACACACGCGCGACAAGCGCUGUGGCCGAAAGACUAAAGCUGCUGAUCAGCCAGUUGCUGCCCGAGAUCAGUCCCAAAUUAUUGGCUGGUUUGGCACACUCCUUGCGCGCGAGCAGCCGCCCGGACAGCGCGCAUGGUGACUUUGUGUUGCUGCACGCGAUUUGCCGGCGAGCGGCCAAAGCCUUCAAGGAACACCAACUGUCCCCGGAUGCUGCAGUCACGCUCCUGCUGGUGUGUAGCCGCUGGGAGAUUCAUGACGAAGAGCUCUUGCAGAACGCCUCACAGACACUUGAGGAAAAAGCGGAGGAACUCCCAGUACGAGAUCUUUGCGAGGUGAUCUAUGCGGUGAGUAGCAUGCACGUGAAGGAUGUCAUUGGCCUGGAGGCCAUUUGUCGGCAGCUCAUGGACCGUGCAGCGGAUAUGGCGGAGCCGGACCUUGUUCGCUUGCUGCGCGGCCUGCUGAAGCUCAGGCAUCAUGAUGAGGCGCUGAUGGGGGUCUUGGCGCCACUGGUUUUGGCGUCUCAGACACGAAUGCAAUCGGUGAGUUUGUGCAAUCUCAUCCAGGCAUUAUCCUUCUUCUUCAGCUCAGAGGAGUUCUUUGUGGAGCUCUUGUCCACUGCUACGAGCCGAGAGCUGCAACCAAUCUCGGUGCAGCACAUCUUGUCGGCGCUCUGCCGGCUUCAGGGACGAGUGGCCAAUGAGAAGCUGAAACCGUCCUUGGACUCCCUUUUCGCUCAGAUCGCGAAGAUCGCUCUGGCGCGCCGAUCCGUGGAGCAGUCCUUGUCGCCAUCCUUCUCGCCUGUCCAGGCCAUGAGCUCCUUGGCCGCUUUGGCCAAGCUCCAGCAGCGCAACCUGGUGGCUGCCUCUGUCUUCACCAGUGUCCUUUGUGGCAUGGGUAGCAGCACUGUCUGGCACUGGGCCAAGUCGCCCUACUUCGCCAAGCAUUUGGACACUUCGAUUCAAGUGCCGAGAUUCUCCAAGAAGCGAGGUGCUCCCUUCGAUCUGGCCAAGUGUCGCACUUUCUUGGGAGCCUUGGAGGCCUCCAAAUGUGUGGAGAUCUUGCAUAGUUUGUCAACUUUGGAGCUCCACAGCCGCCUCACGGUGCAUCUCACGGCCAUGCUUUGCAGCAUCCUGGCGCCGCAGAUGCACGAGCUCAGAGCCAAGGAGGUCUUGGUGGUGGCCCGGGCCUUCAGUGUGGACCGUUUGCCAAACUUCCUUUGGCGCGAUGCGGCUGAGGGGCCAGAGGGCUGGCGCGAGCGGGCCUUGGAUUUGUGCUUCCAAAGCCUUCGGCGCCACGAGCACUUCUUGGAUUCCAGCUACGAGAGUUUGCUGCCCUUCAAGCUCUUGUGCCUACAAGUGAACUUCGGCACCUUUGGCACUCGACGCCUGCAGGAGUUCCUGAACCCUAUGCUCUACCGCUUUGUGGACCGUCUGAACAGCUUGAGCUUCGAGCAGUGUGAGGCCAACCGGGAGGAGGGGCGCGAUUCGAUACCUUGUGCCUUACUUCACAAAGGGCAAGUGCCUGGGAAGGAGCAGGAGGCCGAUGCCUCCAGCGCAGGGCCACCAGAGGCACGCGAGGGCCGCCCUGGGCCGGAGGAGAUCCAUGGCGAACACUGCCGGAUUUGGCUGGGCCAAUACCUGGAGGAGCUUCCAGUGGAUCUCCUCAUACAACCCAUCGUUUGA